GAGUCGAUAAAACCACCUGAUCAAGGAAAAGGAAGGCACAGCGAGCGCAGUGAGAACUCCAGCGCAAGGCGCCGCCGGGCAGCGACCCUGCAGCGCAGAGGCGCCCGGCCCGGCCAUGCCCACGCCCUGGCUCAGCCGCUGCCUCUGCUUCUCGCUCCUGCUGUUUGCAGCUCAGGCCACUUUCAUGAGCGAAGUCUGUGAUUGCAGUGGAAAGUCCAAGCAAUGCAUCUUUGAUUGGGAACUUCACAGUCAGACAGGAAAUGGAUUCCGCUGCCUCAACUGCAUCGACAACACCGAGGGUGUCCGCUGUGAGAGGUGCAAGGAGGGUUUCUACCGGCAGGGAGCGACAGACCGCUGCUUACCCUGCAACUGUAACGCCAAAGGUUCUCUUAGCCCUAGAUGCAACAGCUCUGGUCGGUGCAGCUGUAAACCAGGCGUGACAGGAGACCAGUGUGACCGAUGCCAGCCCGGCUUCCACACCCUGACCGACACUGGGUGCUCCCACGACCACAGGCUUCUAGACACCAGAUGUGACUGUGACCCAGCUGGCAUCAAGGGGCCCUGCGACUCAGGCCGCUGUGUCUGCAAGUCUGGCGUCACAGGAGAGCGCUGUGACAGGUGUCGACCAGGUUACUAUCAUCUGGAUAGGGGAAACCCUGAGGGCUGUACCCAGUGCUUUUGUUACGGGCAUUCAGCCAGCUGCCAAAGCUCCGGGGACUACAGUGUCCACAGAAUCAUCUCUACCUUUCAUCAAGAUGUUGAUGGCUGGAAAGCUGUCCAGAGGAACGGGUCCCCUGCAAAGCUCCAGUGGUCACACCGUCAUCGUGACGUGUUUAGCUCAGCACGGCGAUCAGACCCUGUCUACUUUGUGGCUCCUGCCAAAUUUCUUGGGAAUCAGCAGGUGAGCUACGGGCAAAGCCUGUCAUUUGACUACCGUGUGGACAGGGGCGGCAGACACCCAUCUCCCCAUGAUGUGAUCUUGGAAGGUGCUGGUCUGCGGAUCACAGCUCCCUUGAUGCCACUGAGCAAGACGCUACCUUGUGGGAUCAGCAAGACUUACACAUUCAGAUUAAAUGAACACCCAAGCAGUAAUUGGAGCCCCCAGCUGAGUUACUUCGAGUUUCGGAGGUUGCUGCGGAACCUCACGGCCCUGCGGAUCAGAGCUACCUAUGGAGAAUACAGUACCGGGUACCUAGACAACGUGACUCUGAUUUCAGCCCGCCCGGUCUCUGGAGCCCCUGCCCCCUGGGUUGAACAGUGUGUGUGUCCCAUUGGGUACAAGGGACAGUUCUGCCAGGAUUGUGCUCCUGGCUACAAAAGAGAUUCAGCCAAGCUGGGACCUUUUGGCACCUGUGUUCCAUGUAACUGCCAAGGGGGAGGGGCCUGUGACCCAGACACAGGAGAUUGCUAUUCAGGGGAUGAAAAUCCUGACAUCAUUGAGUGUGCCGACUGCCCCAUCGGCUUCUACAACGACCCCCACGACCCCCGCAGCUGCAAACCGUGCCCGUGUCGCAAUGGAUUCAGCUGCUCAGUGAUGCCCGAGACGGAGGAGGUGGUGUGCAACAACUGUCCCCCUGGGGUUACUGGUGCCCGCUGUGAGCUCUGUGCCGAUGGCUACUUUGGGGACCCCUUUGGGGAGCAGGGUCCAGUGAGGUCUUGUCAGCCCUGUGAGUGCAACAACAACGUGGACCCCAGUGUCUCUGGGAACUGUGACCGCCUGACAGGCAGGUGCCUGAAGUGCAUCCACAACACAGCGGGCGUCCACUGUGACCAGUGCAAAGCAGGCUACUUUGGGGAUCCCUUGGCUCCCAACCCAGCGGACAAGUGUCGAGCUUGCACCUGCAACCCAGUGGGCUCUGAUCCUGUGGAGUGUCGAGGUGAUGGCAGCUGUGUUUGUAAACCAGGAUACGGUGGCCCCCACUGUGAGCAUGCGGCGUUAAACAGCUGUCCAGCUUGCUAUGACCAAGUGAAGACCCAGAUGGAUCAAUUUAAACAGCAGCUUCAGAGCCUUGAGACCCUGGUUUCAAACGCUCAGAGUAUUGGUGGAUCAGUGCCUGACUCGGAGCUGGAAGGCAGGAUGCAGCAGGCUGAGCAGACCCUUCGGGACAUUCUUCUAGAAGCCCAGAUUUCAGAAGGUGCUGUGAGAGCUCUCAAUCACCAGCUGACCAAAGCAAGGAGCCAAGAGAGUAGCUACCGGAGUCGCCUGGACGACCUCAAGGUGGCUGCAGAAAGAGUUCGGGCCCUGGGCAGCCAGUACCAGAACCGAGUUCAGGACACUCGCAGGCUCAUCACUGAGAUGUACCAGAGCCUGGAAGAAAGCGAAGCUUCCCUGCAAAACACUAACAUUCCUCCCUCAGAGCACUAUGUGGGGCAAAAUGGUUUUAAAAGUCUGGCUCAGGAAGCCACAAGACUGGCAGACAGCCACGUUGAGUCGGCCAGUAACGUGGAGCAGCUGGUAAGGGAAACAGAGGAGUAUUCCAAGCAGGCCGUGGCGCUGGCACGCAAGGCUCUGACUGAGGGAGGCGGGAGCGGCGGCCUGGAGGGCUCCGUCGUGCAAGGACUUGUGGGAAAACUGGAGAAAACUAGGUCCCUGGCCCAGCAGUUGUCCAGGGAGGCCACACAGGCUGACAUUGAAGCUGAUGGGUCUUAUCAGCAGAGUCUCCACCUCCUCAACUCGGUGUCUCAGCUUCAGGGAGUGAGCGACCAGUCCUUUCAGGUAGACCUGAAGAGGAUCAGACAAAAAGCCGAUUCUCUCUCAAGUCUGGUGACGAGGCAUAUGGAUGAGUUCAAACGCGUGCAAAGCAAUCUGGGCAACUGGGAAGAAGAAAUCCAGCAGCUCUUAGAGAAUGGAAAGAAUGAGAAGCAGAAAUCAGAUCAGUUGCUCUCCCGUGCCAACCUUGCUAAAAGUAGAGCCCAAGAAGCACUAAGUAUGGGCAAUGCCACUUUUUAUGAAGUUGAAAACAUCUUAAAGAAUCUCAGAGAAUUUGACCUGCAGGUUGAAGGCAGAAAAGCAGAAGCUGAAGAGGCCAUGAAGAGACUCUCCUACAUCAGCCAGAAAGUUGCAGAUGCCAGUGACAAGACCAAGCAAGCGGAAACCGCCCUGGGCGGUGCUACUGCUGAUGCCCAGAGGGCAAAGAACUCAGCCAGUGAGGCCCUGGAGAUCACAGGCAAGAUAGAACAGGAGAUAGGGAGUCUGAACUUGGAAGCCAAUGUGACAGCAGAUGGAGCCUUGGCCAUGGAGAAGGGACUGGCUAUGCUGAAGAGCGACGUAAGGGAAGUGGAAGGAGAGCUGGCAAGGAAGGAGCAGGAAUUUGACCUGGAUAUGGACAUGGUGCAGACAGUAAUUACAGAAGCCCAAAGAGUUGAUACCCGAGCGAAGAGUGCUGGAGUAACAAUUCAAGACACACUCAGUGCUCUGGACAGCAUCCUACACCUAAUAGAUCAGCCUGGCAACGUGGAUGAAAACAGGCUGAUCCUGUUGGAACAGAAGCUUUUCCAUGCCAAAGCCCAGAUCAACAGCCAACUGCGGCCCUUAAUGUCAGAGCUGGAAGAGCGAGCACGUCGGCAGAGGGACCACCUCCAUUUGCUAGAGACGAACAUAGAUGGCAUCCUGGCUGAUGUGAAGAAUCUAGAGAACAUUAGGGACAACCUGCCCCCAGGCUGCUACAACACCCAGGUUCUUGAGCAACACUGAAGCAGUUAUGGCAA